GUUGCAAAAAUAAAUUAAAAAAAAGUCUCUUUUCACUGCACUUAACUACAUCAUCAUGCUGUCCUUCAUGGCUUAGGCAGUUAUGGAUGCUUCCGCACACAGGCCUACGCCCCUCAAAACCGACCGCUCAGGAAAAAUAACUGUUGGAUGGCAGUUGAAGUAAUUUCCGACGAAACAGAGGGCAAUAAGUUAAUCUCUCUAAAAUGCCGAGAGAAAAGCAAAAGCGAAAAGACCCGACCUGUGAAAAAACGCAGAGAUAGAUAAAGAAUUAUAGACAGAGAACGCAGGGAGUAGAGAGAGAAAGGAGAAGCAGAAGAAGAAUAAGAGAGAGAGAGAGGGAUCUGAGAGGAGUCGGGUCACGUCGGGGCUGUCAGCAUUAAUGGGGAAAUCUGUGCUGAUGCGAUCCGGGCUGUAGAUCUCACCUGUGGAAGCCGCAUGACCGUCCGAUUCCUUUUCUCUCAUCCUUGUUCUCUCUCUAGAGCUCAAUCGCGGGAGCCGAAGCAUCGCCUUAUAAACUCCGAUCGCUCGCUUCGAAUUCGCAGAUCGUCGCCUGCCACUCUCUCUGAUUCGACUUGUAGGAUGUUGCCGUUUGUCGGUAUGCUGGGAUGGAGCUGAGAUCUAGCAAUGGUGAAGAAGACAAGGUGACUCAUUUUAAGUGAUUUGAAUUUGAACUUCUAAUGGUUUUUUGGUCUCUUUAAGGGGGCUUUAAUUGGAUUUUAUGCUCAAGUUGAACAAUUGUGGAGAUUCCUUGAAGAACUGUGAAUCUCAAGCCGACUGUGUUUGGAGUUUAAAACCCUAAUUUGUGUAACCCUGAAAAAUAGUCCAAAUUUCUUGAAUGGAGGUCAGGUGUAUAGUGUCUGAAGUUUUGAGCUAUCUAGUUUGAAUUUCCCGGAAAAAUGGAAAGAACUGUAUAGCUUGAAAGUCGAAUUUAGUGAAACACAAUCCAUGGAAGAUUGGUCCAAAUACGCCAAUAGUCCAGCUCAUCUGGCUGUUGCACGCCGAGAUUAUGCUGCUUUGAAGCGACUCAUCUCCUCAUUGCCCCGGCUUUCCAAGGCCGGUGAAGUUAACACGGAAGCUGAAUCACUUGAGGCUGAGAUUGUUGCAGAUGCUGUUUCUGCUGUUAUAGAUCGCCGCGAUGUCCCUGGGCGUGAGACCCCUCUCCACCUUGCAGUCCGUCUGCGGGACCCAAUCUCAGCAGAGAUCUUAAUGGCUGCUGGUGCGGACUGGAGUCUUCAGAAUGAGCAUGGGUGGAGUGCUCUUCAAGAAGCAGUUUGUACACGAGAGGAAUCUAUCGCCUUGAUAAUAGCCCGGCACUACCAGCCCCUUGCAUGGGCUAAGUGGUGCCGUCGACUUCCCCGUAUUGUUGCCUCUGCUGCUCGCAUUCGUGAUUUCUACAUGGAGAUAACUUUCCAUUUUGAGAGCUCAGUGAUUCCAUUUAUUGGUCGCAUUGCUCCGUCAGACACAUACCGGAUCUGGAAACGUGGUUCCAAUCUUCGUGCUGAUAUGACCCUUGCUGGGUUUGAUGGAUUUCGUAUUCAGCGGUCUGACCAAACCUUUCUGUUCCUUGGGGAAGGCUACUCUUCUGAAGAUGGUAAUAUGUCUUUGCCAGCAGGUUCUUUGAUUGUCCUUUCUCAUAAGGAGAAAGAAAUAACAAAUGCUUUGGAGGGUGCUGGUGCCCAACCGACAGAGGCUGAAGUUGCGCAUGAGGUGGUAAUGAUGUCACAAACUAACAUGUAUCGGCCAGGAAUUGAUGUUACUCAGGCUGAGCUUGUUCCUCAUUUAAAUUGGAGGCGACAGGAGAGGACUGAAAUGGUUGGGAAUUGGAAGGCCAAGAUUUAUGAUAUGCUUCAUGUCAUGGUGAGUGUGAAGUCAAGGCGCGUUCCUGGUGCAAUGACAGAUGAGGAGCUAUUUUCUGCAGAUGGGGAGGAGCGGAUUGCAAAUGGUGGUGACAAUGACGAUUAUGAUGAUUUGCUGACAGCUGAGGAAAAGAUGCAGUUAGAUUCUGCCCUUUGCAUGGGCCAAUCAGAUGGUAUUGGCGAGGAGGAGGGAAAUAGCUUCCUUGAAUGCCAAGAGAAUGGUUCCGCAAGUUCCUUUGAAUCUUGUGAAUCCAAUGGUGUUGUUAAGGAGAAGAAGAGUUGGUUUGCUUGGAAUAAGAAGGGUUCAAAAAAUGGAGGUGAGGACCCUGAGGAUUCGAAGAUUCUGAAGAAAUUCUCAAAGUUAGCCCCAGAAGGUAGCAAUCAUAGACCUAAUGAUAGUCAAAGAUCAUCAUCUGAGUUUCUUAGGGAGGAUACGGGGGAUACUAGGAAAGGAAAAGAUAAAAGCAGCAAGAAGAAGAAGAAGAAAGGGGCAGCUAGUGAACCCAAGCAUGAGAGUGAAUACAAAAAGGGUUUGAGACCUGUUUUGUGGUUGACCCCAGAUUUUCCUUUGAAAACCGAAGAGGUCUUGCCUUUACUUGACAUCUUAGCAAACAAGGUUAAGGCUGUCAGGAGGCUCAGGGAGCUUUUAACCACCAAACUACCUCCUUGCACAUUUCCUGUUAAGGUCGCCAUCCCAAUUGUCCCGACAAUUCGGGUUCUUGUUACUUUUACAAAAUUUGAGGAGCUUCAGCCAAUUGAGGAGUUUUCGACCCCUCUUUCCAGCCCUGCACAUUUUCAAGAUACCAAGUCAAAGGAAUCUGAGGGUUCGACAUCAUGGAUUUCAUGGAUGAGAGGGAGCCGUGGGGGGCAAUCAAGUGAUGGUGAAAGCCGUCGAUACAAGGAUGAGGUUGAUCCUUUCCACAUACCAUCCGACUAUUCCUGGGUUGAUGCGAAUGAGAAGAAACGACGCUUGAAAGCAAAGAAAGCCAAGAGCAGGAAACACAAAAGACAGCCACCAGCCAAAGGCGGGGACGUUGGACAUAAUGAGGACUUGGAAGAAUCAUAGCAGGAGUUCUCGGUGGCACCUUGCUGCAUUGCUAUAGUUUGCAAAAGCAAAAGAGCGGUGUGGCUCUUUCCAAUGCUCGUCUGACCCUUUGUUCUUCCAUCUGUAUCUUGCCAAGGGUUUCAGGGUUAAUUGUUAGGGUAAUGCCUGUAGUUGAUUUAAGAAAAUCUUUUUAUCUUCUUCCAUUGUUGUAUUUUUAUGUGAUGUGAAAUUGAAAGAGGAACACAACCCCCUUGUUUCUUUGAUAGGUCGUUUUCAUUCUGAUUUUUCCUCAAAAACCAUUCUGUGUAUCUACAUCGAUGGUUAUCAAAGUUUUCUUUUGGUGUUCAGAAUUGUUUUUGCCGGAACUCGAUAUUUUGCUUUUGAGAAUUGUAUGGAUUAUGGAUAAAUGGAUAAAUCCAAAAGCAAAGGCUAAGCUUGGAAAAUA